AUGCCGCUGUACCAGCUUCCCGUGGCCAUAGUUCUUGCUGUGAGCGCAGGAUGCAGCCUUGCUGCGUUGUUGGUCUCGCGUCCGAGGGAGGGCAAGAUUCGCUUGGAUGCCGAAGAAGAAAACUCGCGACCUGACCCCUUCGACGUCACAAGGCCCGAAGACCUCAUUGAUGGAACACCUGUUGAUGCCGAAGGCUUUUGGCACAAGAUGCGACUGCGGAAGCUGGCCUUGUCAGUGUUAUUCGCGGCCGUUUUGGUGAUCCAGUGCAUCUCGUUGGGCUGGUCGAUAAUUGAAGAAGACCGCACUUACGUGACUGUCUACGCCAUCCACAUCGUCUUCGUGCUGUAUAUCCUAGCAGUCGCCGCGCGCUCUGUCAACCAGCAAGACCGCGAGCACCAAGAGUCCAUCAUUCACCUGUUUGCGCUUACUAGCGUUACCGUAGGCAUGUUGUUCGCGACUGCCAUACUACCCUCGACGAGCCUCUCCGACAUGAGAAUGACCGAUCCAUUCCCUGUGCCUAUUGGUUUGUGGUACGCAACGCUCAUACUGUAUUUCGUGUCUUUCUUCAUCUCCAUCACGGCACCGUGUGGACCGCCUCUCCACUACCCCUCCGAGCAGAUCUACUCUGAGAAGACGCUCACGAAGCUGACGAACACAGACCCGGCCAACGUUUGCGGGAUCGUUGGCGCAUCGAUGUGGGACACACUGUUAUUCUCCUACACUACAAAAGUCGUUAUGCUCGGAACAACAGCCGAGAGCCUCGAGAUUGCCGAUCUGCCCAUUGUUCCCGCGGACAUGCGAGCAACGACGUUGUUCGCGCGCAUGCGCAGUGGAUUGCGCCGGUAUAAGUUGCGUAUCGGUACCUGGCGUCCUAUGCCGGGCUCCGGAUGGGAGCUAGGGUACCGUCUGGUGCGCGUUAACACAAAGGUGAUUGUACAGGUCGUCGUGCUCGCUGCGAUCGCAGCAGUGCUAUUCUACUUGCCGGCAUACUUCCUGCAGCAUGUGGUGCAGUACCUCGAACUGGACCCGGAGAGGACUGAGCGCGGCUGGGGCUGGGUGUACUGCGUGGGACUGUUUCUCAGUCACGCUAUCACAUCUCUAAUAACCGGUCAGCUUUGGUCUCUCUCGACGACGACGCUGCAAGUCAGUAUGAAGGUCCAAUUGAACUCGAUCCUAUUCGCGAAGACUCUCAUUAGGAAAGACGUCGCUUCAUCUCCAGGCUCUGCCCCCAGUGCGGCUGCGGCUGCGGCCACCGAGAACGACACGGCAACGGCGAAUGGAGAUACCGCGGUGGAUGGCAAGGCGAAGGGCGAAGACGAGGAAGCGGAUUUCUCCAGCAAGGCGCAAAUCAUGACGCUCAUGACGACUGACGUGGACCGAGUCAGCGAGUUCGCAUGGCAUCUAUUCACUUUGAUUGACUCACCGAUUGAAUUAAUCAUCGGAACACUCUUUUUGUAUCACCUACUCGGCGUCUCGUGCUUCUUCGGACUCGCUGUGACAUGUCUUUUCCUGCCGCUGAACCAUUUCGCGGGCAAGGUCGUCGUCGGCGCCCAGGACAAUCUCAUGAAAGCUCGUGACGAGCGAGUCAGCCUCAUGAAUGAGGUGGCAUCCUUCAUGGCCUGGGAGCGCAGCUUUGAGGAGCGAGUCAUGAAGAUCCGUGCAAGGGAGCUCAGAUAUCAACGUUUGAACUACCAUAUUGAGGUGCUCUUCAACACAAUAUGGAAUGCAUCUCCGAUCCUGGUCACCCUGGUCUCUUUCUGGCACUUCACGGUUAUCCGUAAACAAGUCCUCACGCCCUCCAUUGCGUUCACAUCUAUAUCUGUAUUCAACGAGAUGAAAUUCGCUCUCAACGCUCUCCCGGAAACGUUCAUCAACAUGCUUCAAUCCGUUGUCUCGAUGCGGCGUAUUGAGAAGUAUCUACAAGGUGCUGAGGUGCUGCCGGUAGAUCCGCUUGAUGGGCAGCCACAUCCGAUUUCGUUCCAAAAUGCCACCGUAACCUGGCCACAGGACCGCAGUCGUGGGACGAGUACUGCACCUUCUGUCGCAUCAACGCCUAGACACAAGUUCACGUUGAUGGAUCUGACAAUCAACUUCCCGCUAGGGGAGCUGUCGCUCAUUUGUGGCAAGUUGGGGAGCGGGAAGUCGCUAUUGCUCCUAGCGCUCCUUGGAGAGGCAGAUGUACUUGCCGGCCAGUUAAUCUGUCCUCGCUCACCCCCUGAUACGAUCGCGUCGUUCACCGGUAAGGAUGUACCUGAAGAAGAGUGGGUCGUCGAGGGAGUCUGCGCUUACGUCCCUCAGAGCGCCUGGCUCCGCAACGCUUCAAUCAGAGACAACAUUCUGUUCGAUCUGCCCUAUGUCGAGGAGCGAUACCAGAAGACACUUGAGGUUUGCGCAUUACUCAGUGAUUUCAAGAUUCUGGAGGACGGCGACAUGUCCGAAAUUGGCGAGAGAGGAGUAAAUUUAUCCGGCGGCCAGAAGGCUAGAGUUUCACUUGCACGUGCUGUCUAUUCUCGUGCAUCAGUACUCUUGUUGGAUGACGUUCUCUCUGCUGUGGAUGCGCACACCGCUCACCACCUCUAUUAUGAGUGCUUGAAGGGUGACCUGAUGCGGGGCCGGACGUUAAUCUUGGUAUCUCACCAUGUGCAGCUGUGCACGCCAGGCGCAAGCUACAUCGUUGCUCUCGACAACGGUAGAAUUUUGUAUCAGGGCGAUCGUGAUAACUUCAAGACUUCCGGCGUGCUCAGCACACUCGUACAGACGGGUGCUACUGACCCCGCAGACGAGCAGACCGAGACCGCUGUCGCAGAUAUCGAGGAGCUGGUACCCGAGAAGGAGACACCUGACAGCAACGAUGAGACUACCUCGGAGACGACAUCCACUACAGCAACUGCUACCGCACAGCCUGAGACAAAGCCGGAAGAGAAAAAGGCCCCUCGGAAACUCGUCGAGGACGAGAAACGCGCUGUUGGCCGUAUCAGCAAAGAUAUUUGGUUGACAUACAUCAAUGCAUGUGGCGGAUACAUCUACUGGAUCUUGUUCGCCUUGGCACUUGCACUUGCCGCACUUAGCCCCGUCGCAGAAAAUGGCUGGCUCCGCAUAUGGACCGGGUCUACGCUUGAAGAGGAAGAAGUGCGGGGUCCCCUCUUCUAUAUUACCGUCUAUGCAAUUAUAACUGCCAUCGGCGUAGUUUUAGGUACUCUGCGGUGGUUCGUUCUGUAUUACGGCGGUAUACAUGCUUCAACCGUUCUGUACCAACGGCUUCUUGAGGGUGUACUCUUCGCCAACAUACGGUUCCAUGACACUGUGUCGCGCGGACGCCUGCUAAAUCGUUUCGGGUCAGAUUUCGAGGGCAUUGAUAGCACUCUGCCUGACAACUUUGGACGAAGUGUUGCAUACACACUCUCCGCGGCGACAACAUUUGCUACCAUCACCUAUGUUGGUGGCGUACCUUUCUUGAUUGCAACUUUCGUCUUCGCAACAUUAUACUACAGCGUCGGCAAGGUUUACGGCCACACAUCCCGUGACAUGCGAAGACUAGACUCCGUGACCCGGUCGCCCCUCUACUCGAUCUACGGCGAAACGAUUGCGGGCGUAACCGUUUUGCGAGCCUUCGGUGCUUCAACCAAAUUCAUGAGAGAUAUGCUUCGAUGCGUCGACACUAAUACAAACCCCUUCUACUGGAAGUGGGGAAUGAACCGUUGGCUCUCCGCUCGAUUCAACCUUCUAUCGAGUGCUGUGAUUGGUGUCACCGCCUUCGUUGCGGUCCUGACUCCCAGCAUAACGGCUUCCUUGGCUGGAUUUGCUCUUGCAUUUGCCUCCACAGUGUUGAAUGAUUUGCUGUUCCUGGUUCGCCGAUUUGUUGGCUUGGAGCAAUCAAUGGUUGCUAUAGAGAGAAUCAAAGAGUUCUCUGAGCUGCCUCGAGAGCCCCCGGAAUUCAUCGAGCCCCGGCCUCCAGCCUCAUGGCCAGAGAACGGCGCUAUUGAGUGCGAGAAUCUCGUGAUCCGCUAUGCUCCCGACCUACCAAAUGUACUGCACAAUCUUAACUUCAAGAUAGAACCCGGCGAGAAAGUCGGCGUACUUGGAAGAACGGGCUCAGGCAAAAGUACCCUGGCGCUCUCUUUCUUCCGAUUCGUUGAGCCUACAGAGGGCCGCAUCCUCGUUGAUGGCCUGGAUGUCUCACAAAUUGGUCUCACGGACCUUCGGGGAAGACUCACAAUCAUUCCUCAGGACCCAACGAUUCUCAGCGGUACCCUACGCUCCACGCUUGACGUGUUCAACGAGUAUGAGGACGCAGAGAUUUAUGAAGCCCUUAGACGUGUUCACCUCAUUCCUUCUGCUGAUACUCCGGCUGAAGAUAAUGAAACUGUAAAUGCAAACCUCUUCAGGAAUCUUGAUUCGCCUGUCUCGGAAGGCGGAGAAAACUUCUCGACAGGAGAGAAGCAGCUACUUUGUAUGGCUCGAGCCAUUCUCAAGCGAUCGAAGGUUCUUCUUAUGGACGAGGCCACCGCGAGUGUUGACUAUGCGACAGACGAGUUGAUCGGGAAAACAAUCCGACAUGAGUUUGCUGCAAGUACGAUCCUCACUAUCGCACAUCGGUUACGUACAGUUAUCGACUAUGACCGUGUCAUGCUACUAGAUCAAGGCCGUAUCGCCGAGUUCGACAAGCCCGCAACGUUACUUGCAGAUCCAUCGUCAAAAUUCCACUCACUUUGCAGGGCAACGGGCAAAAAUGAGUUUGCUAUGCUGAAGAAGAUGGCUGGGGUUCCAUGAGAAAGGGUGGAUAUGUAGUUAGCGCCAAUGCCGCUAAAGGCAUCCAAAAAUGAGAAGAAUAGCUAUUGUGUAAUCGCACAAGUAUACUAGUAAAUAGGUGACUCCACAUGGACAUCAUUCCAAAAGAUAUCGAAUACUAGUUCUAUGUGGAUAGGUAUAGAUUCGGUGGUAUCCCGAAGUUGCUGUCACCUUUUGUAGCGACGGUCGCGCGCCGUCAAGCAACCCGCGCGGCCUAUCCAUAAAUUCACUGCCAUGACGCACGAAAUAGCAAUAAAAAC